CCAUGAUAUGAUAUGGAUCCUGAGUCCAACGUAUUGCCGUAAGCUCAUGUCCAUGGAGGACCUACCGAUCAUCUCCGAAACCCUAAUCUCAGAAUCAGACUCCGAUCCACCGUCCACGUGUCCCCAAGGUUCGCCGGAGCAUCCUGGUGCCUGCCGCGCUGAAUCGAAACCAACUGAGCUUCUUAGAGCUCUGGAGGUCGUGGAAAGAGACUCCGUAGCCAUCGCCGAGAGCUUCACUUCUCUCUUUGCUUCGCUGCGUUUGGCUCUCUCUGAGGUUACUAGCAGUUCUGUCGAUCAUAUGCGGUGUUUCAAUGAUGCUGCAGGCCGCCUCCAGGAAUCAGCACUUGAUGCAGCUACAAGGGGAAACCGGUAUAUAAAUUCAUGUCUCAGGCUAAAUGAAGAAAUGAAGGGUGUUGAUGGUCUGGCUAUGCAGCUAAAGAUCCUGAGGAGGAAUGUAGAUGCUCUGGACUCGGCUGUAAAUAGGCUUACCCGUCUUCCAUGAUGCUGACCUGGUCAAUUUAUCCGUUAUAUCACUAUCAUCUGAAGGUACACUUUAAAAGCUUAUUGGUGAUAUUGCAGUGUGAAAAAAUUUCCGUUGUUAAGAUCUGGAUAACACUGAACAGGCUGGUCUGCCCAACAAAAACCGAAAGGAAUGUUUUGUCCUUUUUUAGCUGAAAGUCACAGUAUUUUUUAACAUUAUUAUGAAUCACACUGCUUUGUAUUCCAUAUUUAUUGAAUAUGCAUUGGUCUUCUUUCUUGCUA